GAGGUCUGCAGAUCUCCUCUCCCGGAGAGGCGGGCUGGGGAGCUUGUGAGGUCAGCCAUGGCCAAGCUACAUGGGCUGCAAGCCGACUACGUCUUCCGGGGCGUGGAGCAUGUGGUGAGGAUGACGGUGGAGGGGAACCUCCUGGAGGUGGAAGUGGAGGACCGGCUGACCACGGACCAGUGGCGAGGGGAAUUCGAUGCGGCUUUCGUUGAAGACCUGACGCACAAGACGGGGAAUUUCAAGCAGUUUGGAAUCUUCUGCAGCAUGCUGGAGUCGGCCCUGACGCAGAGCAGCGAGUCAGUCACCCUGGACCUGCUGACCUACUCUGACCUGGAGUCGCUGCGGAGCAGGAAGGCCGGGGUGGGCCCCAGGCUCACAUCCGCCACCAAAACCUCCCCGCUGAGCUCCAAACGCUACCUGAUAUUGAUCUACUCGGUGGAGUUUGAUAGGAUCCACUACCCUCUGCCGCUCCCCUAUGUGGGGAAACCAGACCCCGUCAUCCUGCAGAAGGUAAUCCGGGAGCUGAAGGAGGAGUUGGCCAUGCUGAAGGUGAAGCCGGGCAAGGAUUUCCGAGAUGCUGAGAUCCGCCGUCUCCGGGACGAGCUGCAGCACGUCUUGGAGGAGAAGCAGGCAGCCGAGACAGCCCUGGCAGCCCUGCAGGAGGAGCUGAAGCUGACCAACAAGAGCAGCGCCUUCAAGGAAGUGAAGAUCCUGAAGAAGGUGGUCCAGAGCCUGGAGGAGCAGCUGGCCAAGGAGAGGACCAAGCACCAGCGGGUGAUCAGCAAGCGCCUGCAGGAGAGCCGGCAGCUGGCCGACGAGCUGGCGGAGCUGAAAGCCACAGAGAGGGGCCUCCGGAUCCGCGUGAGGAACCUGACCAACGAGCUGGCCUUAUACAAGAAGGGGCGCUUCACCCCCACCGCGCCAUCUCCCACAAACCAUUUUGCUUACCCCAGCCUGAGCCGAGCUGGCACCGCGGCCAAGAAAAGAGAGGACCGCCGCUCCACUUCAGGGGAACGGUCAAAUUCGCGGGAACGCAGCGGGGCCUGGGUAUCCAGCCGGCAGCGGUCCUCUUCCCGAGAGGGCCGUAGUGGGAGCCAGGGGCGGCUCACGCGGCAGUCCCCCUCCCCUACAGGCUCCCGAGGGUCACGUUUCGAUCCCACAGCCUUUGUGAGAGCCAAGGAGCGCAAGCAGAAGGAAGCCGAGCAGAACAACAGGCGAUGCCUCCGCAGAGGAAUGGGAGAUGCCCCGCCUAGUAGGUGGCGUCAGGCUCAGUCCAGAGGGGCAUCCGCUUUCGGUGCAGAUGGGAAGUCCCGGGGCAGGAGUUCUUCAGUGGAAAGCUUCCGCAGCCGGCGCUCUUCUGCGAGCUCAGGGAGCGAAAUGGAGGAUUACUCUGAACCUGCCGCUCCCAGGGGUCGGAAGCGAGUGGGAAGGGGCCGGAAACCCCUCGGCAGCUCCUCGUGGAACAGAUCGUCCGGGGUUUCUCGAGCAGACAGCGGUCACAGAAAGCCCUUGGUGAGCACCCCGACCGGAGGCAAGCAAGUGGACAAAGAAAAUCUAUACGACGAGCCGUCAGCUGACCUCUCCGAGAUUGACGCUCGGCUCCAGGCCUUGCAGGAGUACAUGAAUAAGCUCGAGACAAGAACAUAGUCCCCACGGAGGCUGGAGGCAGCGAAGGAGACCAGCUCACCCGGACCCUCCGGCGGCGCUCAACACCACACCUGCACCUACCGAGAACAGGGCCGAAAUUCCCAAGGGGUUCCUCUCCUCUGAAUAACAUUUAGUACCCUACCUGACUUUUUCUACCCUUGGUUGUAGGUCUGAUUUACAAAGAUUUUGGGGUGGGGGUGGGUGGGAAUUGUGGAUUUGUGACAUCUACGCACACUCACACAUCGUGUCUUAUUGAAAUGGGGAGCGUCUCUCCCUCCUGUGGCGCACCAGACGCAAAAGAGAGCGCACCAGACGCAAGAGAGAGCGCGCAGCCCUUCUGAGCUCAACCCACAUUAUAAACCACUUUGCCUUAAGAAAAGAGUGUGGAAGGAUUUGUUAGGCGUUGGAGUGCCCUGCUGAGCCCUUUUCUUGCCCUAAUCCUGCCUCCUGGUCCGUUCUGAUCCUGACAAAACAAGGCACACCUUGAGCCGUGAUGAAGCUGUUGCACCGAGGCAGCCUUCCCUUCGAUCUCAGCUGAGCCGGAAGAAGACAGGUUUUUCCUGUUCUUAGUUCCCCUUGCCUCUCCCAAGCCCUUCUCCAGCGUGAAAGGCUCAGAUACUUUGGGGACACUGAUUUGAUUCUCCUUGGAGGGGAAGGUCGGCCUCUGGGUGGCUGUCUAGGAAUCCUUGGCCAGCAGCAGCUUCUGUGGUGUUAGGCAAAACCUCGGUGCAACCUUUAGGAGAUAACAGAAGUGCUGUUGGUCCAAAGAAAAUUUUAUUUGGUUUUCCUUCUCUGCUGGGGCAGGCGCCCAAAGCGAGCUGAGCUGGUGAAGAUUUAAUUUUAAACGUUAACAGCCCAGCUUCUUUUGACCGAUCUCUCAAUGGCGUUAAAAGGCUGCCCAGUUUGCUCAUUUGCGCCCAGCCAGACCAUUUCCCGACUUAACCAAGCCUGUCCAGUUUUGACCGCUGCGCUGAGUGGCAAUUAUUCCUGAGCGCUUUUGUGGGGGGGUCUCUCCUUUAGCGGAACUGGCUCAUAAUUCCCCAUGUACUCUUUCUGGACAUUCCUGAAAGCUCCUUCCCAGCUUCUCACUCCAGAAAAAGUCAGCAGCAGUAGCCAUGCAGGGACUUGUUGUAAAUAAACGUUUUCUUUUCCUUAA